GCAUUUCUUUGCUCUUGACUUGAAGCCUGAAGGUCUUCGAGCCUUUAUCUAUUCCAUAUCAUACAAUCAUAUUCAGUGGAAACCAUAUCCUCUGCUCUCAACCCUUGAUAAGCUUCCCCUCUCCACACUUGAGACAUAUUCAGUGCAUUGAUCUCAGCCAUGUCACAAGAUCAAGACGUUUCAAGCUCCCUCAAGAACCUGUCAAUCGACACAAAGGACGAGCCUUCAGUGUUGUCCAAGAAGCCAGCACCCAAGAAGAAGGCCAAGAAGGCCGUCGCAGACUCAUGGGAGGACUCCGACCCCGACUCUGAUGCAGAGCCCGAAGUCGAGUCAGAGUCAGAGUCAAACAAGCCAACUCCCACCGCGACACCCGCACCGCCUCCCCCAACGCCCAUGUCACCCGUCGGUGGCUUACCAUGGGAGUCACCUUCAGGAAGUCCCGGCCCUCGCGCCGGAGCAGACCCGGAUAAACGCCCUGAGAAGACGGAUGCCGUGGCUCGUCGUAUGAUUGCUGCUGGACUAGGCCUUAAGGCACCGAAGCAGACGGAGGAGCAAAGGGCGUACCAGAGGAGUGUUCGUGAGCAGGAGAAGAAGAGAAGGGAGCAGGAGAAGGAGGAGGCAAAGAAACGACAGGCUGAUGUUGAGAAGGCAAAGGCAGCCAUUUGGGAUGAUUAACCGGAUAUCUGAUUAACAAGCUUGGAAGACUGCAUGGCAGACAACAAGAGCUUACAAUUCACUUUUCUUCCUGGGCAACUCUCAGAGAACUCACUGAACCGAGUGACUUGGAGUCAAAGAGGAAAGAUACAAGAAAGAAUACCUACAUAAGUUGUCAGGGUUGAGAAAUACGUAUGAACAAAUCCCUGCUACCGAUAACAAAUGCUCUGUCUGGUCUGAGGUAUAUACUGCUUGGG